UCUUUCUGAUCGCAACGAAGAAAAAACAAUGAUCUGACAAAAAAAGUAAAAAUCUCCAUUAAUUCCCCCCAAAAAGAACACGAAGAGAGAAGAAGUAACAGAGCUUGUUUCAAUUCUGGUGAAUUAGGGUUUUCAAAAUUGAACAGAGUUUGGUGAAUUACCUCUCAAGCUUAGCUUCCUCCGCUCUUCAUUCAAACCCUAAUUUGCUACCAUGACUGAGUACUGGGUAAGUCAGGGAAACAAAUGGUGCGAUGUGUGCAAAAUUUACAUAUCAAACAACCCUUCCAGCAUCAGAAAUCAUGAGCUUGGCACAAGGCACAAGGAAAAUGUUACAAAGCGGCUCGCGACUAUGCGAAAAGAGAAUGCUGCUAAAGAUAAAGAACACAAAGAAACGGCUAAUGCUCUUGUGCAAAUCGAGGCGAAAGCAGAGCGUAGCUAUCUAAAGGAUAAGGCGAAGUUUGAGGAAGCUAGAGAAUCACAUGAAUUGGAUUCUCAAGGCGAAUGGGAGUUUGACAGCAGUUCAGGCUAUUACUACCAUAAAACAAAUGGAUUUUGCUAUGAUCAAAAGUCGGGAUUUUACUAUUCUGAUGCCAUUGGCAAGUGGGUGACCCAUGAUGAAGCUUAUGCCUCACCACACUUUGCAUCAAAUGCUGAGCGGAAUGUACCAUCUGGAAAAAAGGGAAAGAUAACUUUACAAUCCAUAUCAGAUGAUGAAUACAAACCAAAUAAACAUCAUAAAGGAACAUUACCAGUUAGAGUGAAUCCCAUGAGAAAUGCAAAAACCGCCGCCGCAUCAUCUCUUGCCGUCGGGAAGAGAAAGAGACCCAAUGAAAAACCAAAGGUUAUCUCCCAAGAAGAAAAAGAAGCUCUCAAGGCAAGAGAGGCUGCAAGGAAAAGAGUGGAACAGAGGGAGAAACCUUUGCUUGGGCUUUAUAACAAGCCUUACUAAGUGUAAAAGUAUUUACUAACAACCUUGUCUUCCCCCAAAAAUUUGAGGAUUAUACUUCUUUAUGCCUGAUUUGUUUAUGUUGGCAUUAACUGUGUCUAAUUCCCAAGUUCUCUCUCUCUUGUGAAUGUGUACCUUGUAUAAUAUAUGUAGCUGUUCAAUUUUUUAUGCAAUGCAUGUUAAAUUUCUGGCGUA